UUGAGUGGAAAGAGCACAAAUAGACCUGGGCAAGUAAAGAUAACUGCAGCCGCUGUCCACACAGAGCAUUUAGUUUCUCCUACCAGUGGAGAAGCACCUACAGUCUUCCACUGACUGAGUUUUUCUCUUCAAGACUGUAACUGGGAUCCAGCAUGAAGAUCCUGCUUUGUUUGGUUGCUCUGGUGGUGACACUGGAUGUCAUUCGUUGUGCACCAGAGGACCAGCUUAAAGGCAUCUCAGAGGACACCUUAAAGCAGUUGUCCCUGGAUGGUGAGAAGCUGGUGGAUGAGGAAGUGAGGAGAGCUCUGUAUGGGGUGAAGCAGAUGAAGGAGGUGAUGCUGAGGAAUGAGCAGAAGCAUGAGCACCUCAUGAAGUCACUCCAACACAGCAAUGACAAGAAGAAGGGGGCAGCCCAGCUGGCUCGGGAGGUGACUGAGAAGCUGGAGGAGGCAGAGGAGCAGUGUAAGGACUCCCUCCAAUCUGAGUGGGAGGCAUGCAGACCCUGCCUGGAGGACGUAUGCAAGACUUUCUAUGUCUCCACUUGCCGCAGGGGGUUUGCCACCUUCCAUGCCAAGGUUGAGAACUUCUUCCGCAAAGUGUCCAGCCGGUUUGGGCCUCGUGAGCCUCCCAUGGAAGCCGGAGACAUCCUAGUCAACCAGAGUGCUGACAAUCCAGACAUGGAGGUGGCCCGCAUCGAGGAUUCCUUUAAACGCCUUAUGAGCAAGGUGGGCACAUUGGUGGACCGCAGCAUUAACCUGGUCUCCAAGAUGAGCGGCAAACUUGACAAAGUCCUCCAGAAGGCAUUCCUCAACAAGACUGACGAGGUAGUGGAAGUGGCCACCACAGACCCCUUCUAUCCGGCCCGUGACUCCGGUUUCCUGCAGGGGGUGGGCUUGGAGGAAGUGCUGGAGUCCUUCUUUGAUUUUGGCAAGAGCGUGGUGGAGGAGUUUAGUGCCGUGGUGACCCAGGUGUUUGAUGACCUCCAUGAGGCAGUGGAGGAGGAGAAGACGAAAGAAAGGGAAAGUUUCCCCCGUUUCCUGCAGAACAGGAGGCUUUGCAGAGACCUGCGCAGACAGACCUCAGAGUGCUGGCAGCUACAGAACCGGUGUGAAGCCUGUCAGGGGACUUUACUUACAGAGUGCCCCAGUGUGCGGGAGCUGCAUGUGGAGCUGGAUGAGGUUUCCCAGUUGCUGGAUGUGUCCAAAGAGCAGUAUGAAGAGAUCCUCUCUAUUGUCCAGCAGCACACUGAUGAAACAAUCAACUGGCUGAGCAACAUGGCUGCUGAAUUCAGCUGGGUAGCUGAGAUUGUGGGCAACAAUAGCAUCCCUGAACAUGUCUUCCACAUCACCACGGUGGUGCCAAAGAGCCAUGAUGAAGACAAUGCAUCUGCAACAGAGACCAAGGUCGAGGUAAACAUCCUGAACUCGCCCCCCCUCAUCCUCUCUGUCCCUGGGGAGCUGGAGCUGGAGGACCCAGCCUUCAUCCAGUUUGUGGCCCAGGAAGCUCUGGGCAAGUACAAGGAGAUGGUCAGACCUGAGGAGGACUAAAACCCAUUUCGGGAUUCCUUCCCUGAAUGCAGUUUCUAUCAACUGACCCUAGUAAAGAGAACUAGGCUGUGUUCCUGUGUACUAGGUCAAAUGUAUAUUAACUCUUGUUGAAAUAAAUGAACAUAUGUUUAACAUU